AGACAAUUUAUCUUUUUGAAGACUAGGCAGCAUGGUCUCCGACCUUAGCCUGUUCCAAACGGAACAAACGUACUAAAAAAAAAAAAAAAAAUUGAAACAGAAAUAUACUGAUUUAAUCAUAGAUAGGCUGUCAAAUUUUAUUUACCUUAUGUAUUUUGUCUACCUGCCUAACAUAACCCCAUUUGUGUUGUUUUAGUGUUUGCUUUCUUUCUUCAUAAAUAAUUGUGACUUACAAUGGCAUUAAAUCUUGAUAGAAGUCUUCAGUUAAAUUCAACACAGAAUACGCCAUUAAGAAAUAAACGAACAAGACAAUUACUACAGAGAGAAGACACGCUAAAUCUAUCACCGAUACUCAACGAAACCUCACUAUUCAAGAAUUUAAACGAUACAACUUUGAAACAAGUUUUAGAUGAAUCUUCAGUGUUAGUUAAUACCGGAAAUGCCGGUGAUGGAUUGAAUGAGGCAUUUUUUGAAAUAAUACAAACAAGUCGACCGAGCGAUGUAUUGGACACUUUGGCAAGAUUAGGACAAGUGUGUUGCGAUUCUCUUGAACUAGUGGAGCCUUGGAACAGGUACAAUGUUCAUAAUUAUUGGUUGGCUGAAGAAGCAAAUACGUGGAAACUGCUUCAUUGUCUAUAUGCAGAUUCGAUUAUGGAACAUCCGGACAGUAUUGAGAGCCUAAUAACAGAACCAACAUUAUCUCAACAAACCCUUGUAGAUGCUUUAUUCCAAAGCGAUGCAGAGUUACGUUUGUUACAAUUACUUGUAGAUUGGUUAGAAGCAACAGCUGCUUAUCAAGAAGAGGCCACUAUCACAUCUGCACCUGUCAUUGGAAAUAAUGUGCACUGGAGUAAUACACUCCACCAGUUAUUGAUUGGGUCAACUUUAUUUAAUAAAGAGAGAAACAAAGCAAUGGUAACAUCUAUGGAUCCAGAUGCUCCUAGACGACAAAAAAAAUCUAUACACUCUGAUGACCAGAAAGAUGAUAAUGAUUUAUGUAAAAGGAUCUUCACAGAAGUGAGAUGUGGCAAAUUCAAAGAAGCCGUCUCCCUAUGUAUAAAUGCAGGUCAAGCCUGGCGUGGAGCAGUAUUACAAGGCUGGAUAUUGCUGCAUUAUUUGCCAAGAGAUGACCCUAAUGCUCCCUUAGAAAUUUCUGGUAAUCCUUCUAGAGAUUUAUGGAAAUGGUGUGCAUUAAAUAUAGCUAAUAAUGCUUCAGAGAACAUACACUACAGAGCUACAUUGGGAAUAUUGUGUGGUCAUCUCACCAGCACAAUACCAGCUUGUCAGGGCAAUUGGGAAGAUUUACUGUGGGCUCAUUUAAGAGUACAAAUUGAAAUGAGGGUUGACAGAUUUUUACAUGAACAUCACCUCACUGUAGAUGCCAAUACGACUACAUCUGAUGUCAUGGAUUUGUUACAAUCUGAGCUUCAAACUGAAAUAUUAUCCUUGCAGCAAAUUUUCAAUGCUGUUAAAUCCUUAAUGGAUGGCAAAAAGGAAUCACACUAUCAAACCUGUCAACGUUAUUUAAUGCUUGGCCAGAUAAGAGCAAUUAUGCAAGAUUCUUUGGUAUGGCUCGAGAGUGCUGAAGAAAGGUUUAUUAGAUUUUUGGCACAUUUAAUUUUAAUAUUAAGACAAAUGGGUAAAGAUCCCCAACAUGAUAUAGGGGAUAAAAUUUUGGAGAAGUAUGUAACUCAACUUAUUGAUAAGUUGGUUGAUGGGUCAAUUGAAUGUCCAGAACUUAUUGCUUAUUACACAUCCACUGUGCCAGUCGCUAGACAAAUUCUUUUAUAUGCAGAAUUGAUGGACCACAUUCAAAAAAGUGAAUAUAGGGAAGGAGUUGUCAGUGCUGGUUUAAAUGCAGGAAUUGAUGUUGCAGCAUCAUCAAGGGUUGCCAUAAAGAGAGCUAUAACAGAUAUACAACAGGGCUAUGGCAACUUGGACUUAACCUUUACACAAACCACAGCAGUUGAAAAGGACAAAACCUUGAUAACUAAAGUGAUAUCAUCUCUUGAAUGGUUAUCGCUUAUUGAAAACCAGCUACAAGAAGCUCUUUGGCUUAGCAAUGCCAUGAUACGUACAUUUAUAUUCAUAGGAAAUACAGAUGCUGCUUUAGCUUGCAUUGUAAGUAUCAAUGAAAUGUUUCCUGGCUUCAUAAACAAAAUUGUUCCAACUUCUGCUGAAUUGAGAGAACAUCUUUGCUUAAAGGCAUAUUUAGAAGCACUUGAAAGUUUUGCGACUUGGUACAGACAUUUCAUAAGUGGUCAACCCAAAGAUGUGGAACCCUUACCUUCAGAUGCAUCAUUUUCUGAUAAAGUGCAUUAUGAACAAAGAUGUGCCCAAGUUGAACAGCAGAAGGCCCGUUGGUCCAAUGCAAUAUUGCAUCAAUCCAGGCAUACAAAGAAUCUUCUUUACAAUGUAUUACUAUUCCCUGGAGGAUGGCUACAGGAUGAGAAUGAUUGUGACAUAUCGCAGAACUUUACCGAAGAAGAAAAACAGGAGAGGAUCAAACAAUUGGAAACUCUAAGGCGUCUUUGUAUUCCAGAAGUUGUAAUUCUAAUUUUAAAGAUAUUACAGAGCAAUGAAGACAUUGAUAAUCACAAGGAAGCAUUAAAAUUAAGUAAUCUGAUUGCUGCAGAGAACAGAUGUCUGUAUAAAGUAUUCACCAAGUCCAAAUUAAUAGAGGUUUUGGACAGAAUCAAAGAAUCAUCACUAUUGUUAUUGGAGAAAGGAUUGGACAUGUUUGGUUAUGAGGUUAAUGAUGAAUAAAAUGUCUAAAUGAUUUUUGAAUAAAUUUUGUAUUUACAUUGUA